AUCUCGUUUGGUGAGAUGAUCGGUUGUGACAACGACAAGUGCGAAAUCGAAUGGUUCCACUUCGAGUGUAUUGGUCUGACAACAAAGCCCAAGGGCAAAUGGUUCUGUCCCAACUGUCGGCAUCCGGAUAGCGCCCGAAUGCCCAAGGCGACUCGUGUUGCCAACACAAACAAUAGAAAUUCUGCAGUGGCCGAAAAAGUCUAG